GACCAGAUUCGUCUUUCGUUUACCAGUUCUUCAUUUCCAUUUUCCGCGAAAGAGUGUGUUUCUCUGUAGAAGCAGACUCAGCUUCAAGUCUUCUUUGUUUUCUCCUUCUCCAAAUCAAAUCCUAAUUCACAAAUUCUUCACAAUCCAAAAUCCCACGAAUUUCUUGAUUUCUGAUCCCUAAAACUCAAUUCCUUCCUCACCUUCAUUUUCCGUUUUUUCAUCAAUUUUCUCACUUCAACGCAACCCAGCAAUUUUCUCCCCCAAAAGGGUUUCUCUUGAUUUCAUUGUUUCUUAAUUUGCCUCUUCCGCAUGUAAUUUUCUUGAUCAAAUUCAAAGGUGUGGUUUUUAAACGUGUUGGAGCUAAAUCAUAAUGGGAAAACACACGUUACUGAUACUAUUAUUGUUUUCCUUAAUUCUGUUUCAUGGGUCUCAUGCUUCCUUUCUUAAAGACCUAAGAAAAUUGAUUGAUUCAACAAAGGAUUCUCUGAUACCAGAAGAGAAGAAAUUAGAUCCAAAUAAGACUGCUGGUGAAGAGAAAAAGAAUGAUGUUAAUAUUCCACCCGUUCCGACACCACAACCUUUACCUAAGGUGGAGAAUAACAAUGGUGAAAAUCAGAAGGAGACGAAUAAUAAAAUUACUAAUACACCUCCACCUGUUCCGGCUACUGCACCUCCCCCUCCUGUUCUGGUUACUGCACCCCCUCCUCCUGUUCCUGCUACUGCUCCACCUCCUUUACCCAAAAAGGAUGAAGGAAAGGGUCAGGUAGAAGAGAAGGGUAAAAAUGAGGGGAUUAAACUUGCACAUUCUACAACUAAUGACACUUGUGAAGGACUGCAUACAUGCAGAGACGAUGGGGACAUGGUUGCCUGCAUUUCCAAAAUGGAUUCCAAAAACUUUGUUGUUCUUCUUCAAAAUAGAGGGGGUGGCACCAUCAAAGUGAAGCUUCGCAGUGAUCUUGAAAGUAACCUUGGCGAUAUAGUAGUUGACAAAAAUAAAACAGAAAAGGUCACCAUCAAACAAAUUAAAAGUGAAAGUACCGAACUGACUUUGGAUGCUGGAAAAGGAGAUUGUGUGCUUCACGUAACCGUGGUUACUCCCGUACCUGAAGCGAGUUUUUUUCUGCGCCUUCCUUCAUUUGACAAGAUUUUAACGCCGGUAAACGGUGCCUAUUUCCUCAUAUUCACAGUAAUAGUCUUUGCAGUUACAUGGGCUUGUUGCUGCAUAUUCAAGAAGAAACCGCGCGAUGAGAUCCCAUAUCAAGAGCUCGAAAUGGCAUUGCCCGAGUCUGCUUCAGCUACCGUUGUGGAAUCUGCUGAAGGAUGGGAUCAAGGAUGGGACGAUGAUUGGGACGACAAUGUAGCGGUGAAAUCACCAGUAGUGCGCCAUGCAGGAAGUAUCUCGGCAAAUGGCCUUACUUCUAGAUCUUCAAACAAAGAUGGAUGGGAAGAUAACUGGGAUGAUUAGUUAUCAAAGGGAAAAAGAAAUAAGGGAAAGAGAUAUUACCUUCAAAACUGGGGAAUGAAAAGAUGGAAAAAAGCAAACUUUGUUGGGGAGGGAUGUGACAAAUGUAGCUCUGCUAGGGCUUAAUGUAUGCCCUAGCAAAGAGACAGCAUAAAAGAUGAGAAAAGUGUGAUAGUUUAACACAUUUGAUUGAUAAUCUUCAACGUGUAAUAGUGAAAGCCCUGCUUCAAAAGAGGGACAAAGGAAACUGUAAAUGAAAUAUAGAAGCUAAAGUUUUUCCAAUUUUUGGCUUAUGAAAUCCAUUUACAUAUUUGUUAUACUGUGA